UGCUAUUUGAACGUUUCGUCUCUGUUCAUUUUGUAUUUGCGCGGUUGUUAGAUCAAAAUGGAUGAUGGUGCUGUUGUUUUGGACAAUGGAACCAGAUAUAUCAAGGCUGGGUUUGCUUGUGACGUUGAACCGAGGAUUAUGGUGAGUAGCAUACUUGGGCGUCCACGACACAAAUACCAUAUAACGCGCUGGUCCUUAAAAGAUUUUUAUGUUGAUGGUGAUACAGAGAUGCCAUAUAAGAGAGAUUUGCUCAAGAUAUCAUAUCCAAUAACAAAUGGAAGAGUAACAAAUUGGGAAGAUAUGGAGAUCCUCUUGCAUCAUACUUUCUACAAUGAGCUCCAUGUUGAACCAAAAGACCGGCCCGUUUUACUUACUGAACCACCCAUGAACCCAAAAAAUGACAAGGAGCAGAUGACAGAGAUGAUGUUUGAGAAAUUUGAUGUUCCUGCAAUGUAUGUCUCAAACCAGUCUGUUAUGUCUUUAUUUGCAAGUGGCAUUACCACAGGUGUAGUCGUGGAAUCUGGCCAUGGUGUCACCCAUACAGUGCCCAUUUAUCAAGGUUCUGCACUGCCAUAUGCUACAUUUCAAUUCAAUUUAGCGGGUCAUGAACUUACUGAGUACAUGCAUAAAAUCAUUACCCAAAGUCAUACGGAGAUAAGUACCUACUUAAAUAGAUUUUCUGGCAAGGAAAUUGUGCGUAAAAUAAAGGAAAAUCUUGCAUAUGUUUCUCUUGAUUACCAACAUGAGUUGAAGAAUCCUGUAGAAAAGAGCUAUGAAUUACCAGAUGGACGACUGCUCACAUUUGGGGACGAGUUGUUUCGUUGCCCAGAAAUAUUGUUCCAGCCAUCUUUAAUUGGCAUGGAUGCCUCCAAUGGAAUCCAUGAAACCACUUACAGAUCCAUCAAGAUGUGUGGUAUGGAUAUCAAAAAAGAACUUUAUCAUAACAUAGUGCUUAGUGGCGGGUCAACAAUGUUCCCUGGUUUUGCUGAUCGUUUGAGCAAGGAAAUCAGUGUACUUGCUCCUGCCAGCAUGAAGAUAAAGGUAGUAGCACCUCCUGAGAGAAUAUACACCGCGUGGCUUGGAGGAGCUGUCCAAGCUUCCCUUAGCACUUUCCCGCAGAUGUUGAUUUCUAAAGCUGAAUAUUAUGAAUCGGGUCCAUCCAUUGUCCAUCAGAAGUGCUUUUAA